CUUUUGUUACAAACCUGUUCUGCUAUCACUCCAAAUAUCGGCCAGAUAUAUCCAGGAUUCCAAACAUCUCAGAUGGUUUGGGUCGAGCACAGCGGGCAAUUCCUCUUAUCCAACAACUCAGGAUUCGCUUUCGGCUUCCACGAUACCCCAGAUAACGAUGAUGUCAUGACUAUGUUUUCUCUAGUAAUCAUUCACAUAUAUAGCUCCAAAGUGGUCUGGACUGCUAACAUAGGCUCAUUGGUUACCGGUUCUGAGAAUUUUGUGUUUGGCAAAAAUGGGAAUGUUUACUUGGAAGGCAAGAAGGGUGGUGUGGCUUGGUCUACAAACACAGCCGGAGAAGGAGCUACAGCAAUUGUAUUGCAGGAUUCCGGAAACUUGGUUUUGCUUGGUGACAAUGGAAAGAUUCUCUGGCAGAGUUUUAGCCAUCCCACAGAUACCCUUUUACUCGGCCAGCAAUUCGUGGAAGGAAUGCAGCUAAAAAGUACUCCCAACCGCAAUAACUUGUCUCAUUAUCUUGAAAUCAUGCCAGGCACUUUGGUCUUGUAUGCCAGAUAUGGGAGUACUCCACAAAUCUAUUGGUCUAUAGCAGAUGACAGCCGGAAAACCAAAAACAAUGCAACUGGCAAGGUUUACUCUGCAUCUUUGAUGUCCAAUUCAUGGAAUUUCUAUGAUCAAUGGGGAGCCUUACUGUGGCAGUUCAUCUUCACCAACCAUUCUGAUCAAUUGAAUGCCACGUGGGCUGCUAUUUUAGGCUCAGAUGGCUCAAUCUCAUUCUACAAUCUUCAAAUGGGGCAAUCUGUUACUCCUGAGGCCAUUAGAAUACCACAAAGUUCUUGCAGCAUUCCUGAACCUUGUGAUCCAUAUUAUGUGUGCUAUGUGAACAGCCAAAGCCAAUGCAAAUGCCCUUCUAUUCUCAGCUCUCAAUUUAGUUGCAAGCCUCGGAUUAUCUCAACCUGUAAUGGCUCCAAAAGCUCAGCAGAUCAGCUUUUAUAUGUUGGCGAGAAGCUCGAUUAUUUUGCACUUGGGUUUGUUACACCCUUUUUGAAAUCUGAUCUAUAUGCUUGCAAACAGGCUUGCCUUGCAAACUGCUCCUGCCUUGUUCUGUUCUUUGAAAGCAGUUCUGGAAGUUGCUUUCUCUUUGACCAGAUAGGAAGCUUGCAACAGGCUGAAGCAGGCUCUGCUGGUUAUUUUUCUUAUAUCAGGGUCUUAAGUAAUGGAGAUGGAGGGGUAAGUCCUGCAAGAGAGAAAAGCAGAACAGGAAGGAACAUUCUGGUUAUUGUGAUCAUUGUCUUUGCAACUGUUCUGGCUAUUGUUGGUCUUAUUUUUGCUGCAUUCUUGUACCACCGCAAAAGCAAGAUAAUAUUGGAAACUUCCCAGGACACUUUAGAAGACAAUAAUCUUUUGGACAGUCUUCAAGCAAUGCCAGUUCGUUUCAGUUAUAGUGAUCUUCACAGAGCAACUAAUAACUUCUCUAUCAAGCUUGGUGAAGGAGGGUUUGGUUCAGUCUACCUUGGUGUGCUCUCUGACGGUACCUUAUCUGCUGUGAAACAAUUGGAGCGCAUUGGGCAAGGAAUGAAAGAGUUCAGAGCUGAAGUUAGUCUUAUUGGGAGUAUCCACCAUGUCCAUCUGGUGCAGCUCAAAGGCUUCUGUGCUGAGGGAAAUCAUCAGCUUCUUGCCUAUGAGUACAUGGGUAAAGGAUCUUUAGAUAGUUGGAUUUUCAAUAAUAAUGAUGAAGACGGGCGUCACAUGUUGGAUUGGGAUACAAGAUUCAACAUUGCAGUGGGUACAGCAAAGGGAUUGGCUUAUCUCCAUGAGGAGUGUGAAGUGAAGAUUGUCCACUGUGAUAUAAAACCAGAAAAUGUUCUCCUGGAUGAUAAUUAUGUUGCAAAAAUCUCAGAUUUUGGUUUGGCUAAGCUUAUGGACAAAGAGCAAAGCCUUGUAUGUACACAGCUGAGGGGCACAAGAGGGUACCUUGCACCAGAAUGGAUCUUUAACUAUGCCAUAUCAGAGAAGAGUGAUGUAUAUAGCUAUGGAAUGCUCUUGCUUGAGAUCAUUGGAGGAAGGAAGAAUUCUGAUCCAACACAAAGUUCUGAGAGAGCCUAUCUUCCUUCUUAUGCCUUCAAGAUGAUGGAAGAAGAAAAAGUAAGAGAAAUUCUUGAUUCAAAACUAGAAGGUUAUGAAAACGAUCAAAGGGUUGCCACUGCUGUCAAAGUUGCACUGUGGUGCAUACAAGAAGACACCCAGUUGAGACCAUCAAUGACUAAGGUUGUUCAAAUGCUUGAAGGUCGUUGUGCAGUACCUCAGGCUCCAACCUCUUCUAUUUUGGGUUCUGAGCAUUCAAAUUUUGGUCAAUCAGGCAGUGAAUUGAUUACUGCCACAUCUAGAAUGAUUGAUUACAAUUAUAGUGACGCGCACCUCUUAGCGGUUCGCCUAUCAGGAGCGAGAUGA